AUGCCAAGGCUUGGCAGAGGUCACCGCCAAGGUUUCCGCCCGCCCACAAACAACAGCAAGGCAGCCACCCCCUCCAGUGGCUCUCUCUUGGCCACCCUCAGUUGUUACUGGAGCUGCCUGGGUUCCACUUCCAGUAACAGCUCCUGCAGAAAUGCAGAGUAUCCUGGGGAAGCCAUCCCUCACCCCCCUGGUCUCCCCAAGGCGUACCCGGGUCACUCAUGGGCAAGCUUCUUUUUCAGGAACUCCACUCUCCCAUUUAGGGCUACAGCGUCAGAGUCCCCAGAACGCUUAGAAUCUCAGGCCUCCAACAGCACAAUCACCUGUGACUUGGCUCCAGAAGUCAUGAGGAAGCAACCUGUUGGCCAGCCUAGCAAAGCCAACAACUGGGCCCCAAUCCUGAGUGGCCACCACGAGCCACCGGGCUUCGGGAGACACUAG